AUGCUAACACAAGAGAUCGUACCGAAUCGCCGCUUAACUCGCAUCUAUCCGCGUGCUAAUUUGAUAACAUUUGAAAACCGUCGCGAGCAAAACGAAACGCGGCAGAAAGUUUGUAAAGAUUUGAAAGUCGUAAAACAAUUUGUCACUGAAUUCGGUCAGCAGACCAGCAUACAUGGUUUGAGCAAGACACUCGAGGCGAAUAUGAAUCGAUUGACACGCCUAUUUUGGACCGUUGGCUUUCUCUGUGCACUUGGCAUGCUGAUCUUCGUCAUACAAAAGCUGGCCGCACGCUAUAACAAACGUCAAUUCAAGACAGUUGUUAACUCAACAAAUUAUCCGGUUUAUCGCAUCGUUUUCCCCGAGGUGUAUAUAUGUAACGAUAAUCGCUUUAAUUGGGCGCGUUUCGCUUCGGCAAAAGAAAACUUUCUGCGUCCCGAGCACCACAACACCGAACUGGAGCAGCUAUUCACAAAAACGGUGGCACUUUAUGACAAUCUACGCUUCGGUGAUUUCGAUGUAUUCCAGAGCCUGAGCAACAAAUCGCUUCGCAGUUUGGACUAUGUGAAUUUCACCAAUGUGGCACAAUUUAUGGCGUGGCGCUGUGACGAACUGCUGACAGAUUGUGUGUGGCGUCACAAUCCAAUGAAUUGUUGUGAUAUAUUUAUAGCACGUCGCUCCGUAUAUGGCUUUUGCAUGUCUUUUAAUACGCUCGAAGAUAUAACGGGACAAUUAAGAAAACCGUUAGACAAUAAAUGGCCGUGGCGUGCUAGUCAAGAGGGGCCUGGUAAUAGUUUAAAAUUGCGAGUGCUGAUAAACGAACGGUUGCAUUCACCUUUUGCAAAUAACCGAAAGGGAAUUAUGUUUAUGGUGAUGGAACCUGGCGUCUGGGUGAGUUAUGCGAAUCACGUGGGGUUAAAUGAUAUCGUCUUCGUCCAGUUAAAUGCACAACUUAGUUUCUACGAUCCAAAUACUCGAAGUAUACCGUCGAAUGUGCGCGAGUGCGUCUUCGAUAAUGAACGCAACAGCGCCGACUUCAAAACACUACUUAACCACAAAUAUAUGUUCGAAAACUGCCGUGCCGAAUGCCAACAGGAAUAUACGAUGAAGUAUUGCAACUGUACGCUUGACAUGUUUUUUCCACCGAGUCAAUAUCCAUCGUGCAAAUUAUCAGACAUGCCCUGUUUGGCAAAAAAUAAUGAACGUUUGAAGUACUUUCAGCAAAGCGGCGAAAGCGAUGUCUUGUCGGCAACCCUGCAAGAGCUUGGCAUGGUCUGCGAGUGCUUCCUAAACUGUCUUUCACUGGCCUAUCUCAUAGACAUACGCGCUUAUAACCUGCCACAUGUCACACAAAAACCAAAUGAUUCCUUUGUGGACUUUGAUUUUUACUUUAUGCGCGACUCGAUCGUUGUCUUUCGCACGACUGUAGUUUACACUUGGGUGGAUUUGUUGGUGAACUUCGGCAACGCCACCGCACUCUUUCUCGGCUGUUCCGUUAUAAGUAUCGUUGAAUUGAUCUACUAUUUCUGCGUUUACUUGCCACGACGUAUUCGAAGUGUACAAAACAAGCGCAAAAAGCCUUUAAGAACCGCCAACAAUUACGACAGCAAGUUGUUGGAAGACUGGAUGAGGCAAUUAUAUGACCACGACGUUAAAAAUAAGGAGCCCGAAAGCACCAAGGAGAAGCAAGCCAACAGCACUUGA